CAUGCUAGUUCAAACAUAACCAUAUUGUACAUGACUGGUAUUCUUGUGUGAAUGGACUAUUUCUUCUAUUCAUACUGAAGAUAAUCUAUGACCAACAGCCGUGAGAUGGCGGAGGUGGCCCACGAGGCAGUGGGAGAUUUUUCAGCGUGCGGUCGGAAAGGCAGGAGAAACGCGCUUCCUGACAUCACAGAGGUCAUGGCCAAGGAGAAAUGUUCCGUCACAGAAGCCAAACUGAGGUUAGAGGAGCUCAGGAUAUCAGAAGAAACGUCCGACGCCAAAGUCAGUUCCGACAGUUCCCAGGGAGCUUCUUCGUCACAAGCAGACACCGCGGGGGGCGGCGGAUCCUAGCACAGCUCACCCCACCUCCGGCAGACCUCACCCCCUCGCUAUGCUGGCUACAUUUGUACUUUUGUAUGGAGAUAGAGAUGUAGUAGAGACUUUAGGAGAGAGAUAGCCCAUAGGUAUGGAUGAUAUUGUCUGGGGUUUGUUUGUAUUGAAAGCAAAAUACAUCGGAAGUAACGGGAUACUAGCCUCUAACAGGGUUUGGAAGUGGCUGAAAAAAGUCCAAACUUGCCAAAUAGACAGAUUUUUGGUCCAAUAAGGAAUACAGUGUCACAAAUGUACUCUAGGAGUCAGUAGACCGACUCCCCUGGCAUGUUAUCUGAGUGUGUAUUUGGCAAAUUUCAACUCUUUCUAGCUGCUUCCAAAUCCUGGUAGAGGCUAGCAGAAUUUGUGCAAAACACACAAUAUUUGUGUUUAAUAUCAUGUUGGUAAGAGGUUGAGCUAGUCUAAGGGCACAUGUACACCAGUUUUCGUGCUUGGUUUGGGACAUGUUUGGUAGAAAAAAGUCUAUUUUCAAAAAUUCUCUCCCUUGCUUUGUUGACUUAAUGUCACCCUAAAAAGAUGAUCAUGUAAGAAGUCAACGUUUUGUCAUGUUUGUUCCAAAUCAAACGAUAUAUGUAGAAGACGGUAAAAUAAGUAUAACUUUUGGUAAAAAUGUUGAACCCACCUCUUCACUGUUUAUGUACAAUGUAAAUAUUACAUACAUGUAGUUUCAUGUAAUGGUUUAACUUGUAAUGUUUGUUACUGGUAGAUGUAAAAAGAAGAAAGAAAUAUUAGAGUGGUUAAAACUAUUGUGUAAGAAAAAUAUUUUCCAUAAGCUGCACUUCAAUGAAAAGUGCUCAGGGCUUUUGCAACAAUUAAUUGCUUCUGGAGGAUACAAAAAUUUAAUCUUUCAUU